UGAGCUGCCUAGGCACGCACUCUGUGUCCCCAAGAGCCAGAGCUUAGCUGUCCCCAGCUGUCCCUGUGGCCUGGGCCCACUGCCCUCGGACCCCUUCCCUGCACAGGGAUGGCGGACACUGGCCUGAGAGGCUGGCUGCUAUGGGCACUGCUCCUGCGCGUGGCCCAGAGUGAGCUGUACACACCCAUCCACCAGCCUGGCUACUGCUCUUUCUACGACGAGUGUGGGAAGAACCCGGAGCUGUCUGGGGGACUGGCGCCUCUGUCUAACGUGUCCUGCCUGUCCAACACGCCCGCCCCCCGUGUCACUGGUGAGCACCUGACCCUCCUACAGCGCAUCUGCCCCCGCCUCUACACAGGCACCACCACCUAUGCCUGCUGCUCCCCCAAGCAGCUGCUGUCCCUGGAGACGAGCCUUGCGGUCACCAAGGCCCUCCUCACCCGCUGCCCCACCUGCUCUGACAACUUUGUGAACCUGCACUGCCAAAACACCUGCAGCCCCAACCAAAGCCUCUUCAUCAACGUGACCCGCGUGGCCGGGGGCGGGGGUGGCCAGCCCCAGGCUGUGGUGGCCUAUGAGGCCUUCUACCAGGACAGCUUCGCCCAGCAGACCUACGACUCUUGCAGCCGGGUGCGCAUCCCUGCGGCUGCCACGCUGGCCGUGGGCACCAUGUGUGGCGUUUACGGUUCCACCCUCUGCAACGCUCAGCGCUGGCUCAAUUUCCAGGGGGACACUUCGAAUGGCCUGGCUCCCCUGGACAUCACCUUCCACCUGAUAGAGCCCGGCCAGGCCCUAGGGAGUGGGAUGCAGGCUCUGACCGGGGAGAUCAGGCCCUGCAACGAGUCCCAGGGUAAUGGCACAGCGGCCUGCUCCUGCCAGGACUGUGCUGCGUCCUGCCCCACCAUCCCCCAGCCCCAGGCCCUGGACUCCACCUUCUACCUGGGCGGGCUGGCAGGUGGGCUGGCCCUUGUCAUCAUCCUCUGCUCUGCUUUUGCCCUGCUUAUCACCUUCCUGGUGGGUACCCGCCUGGCCUCCUCCUGUGGCAAGGACAAGAUGCCAGACCCCAAGGCAGGCAUGAGCCUGUCUGACAAACUCAGCCUCUCCACCAACGUCAUCCUUAGCCAGUGCUUCCAGAACUGGGGCACAUGGGUGGCCUCGUGGCCGCUGACCAUCCUGUUGGUGUCCAUCGCUGUGGUAUUGGCCUUGUCAGGAGGCCUGGCCUUUGUGGAACUGACCACGGACCCCGUGGAGCUGUGGUCGGCCCCCAGCAGCCAAGCCCGGAGCGAGAAGGCCUUCCACGACCAGCAUUUUGGCCCCUUCCUCCGAACCAACCAGGUGAUCUUGACGGCUCCCAACCGCCCCAGCUACCACUACGACUCCCUGCUCCUGGGGCCCAAGAACUUCAGUGGGGUCCUGGCCUCUGACCUCCUGCUGGAGCUGCUGGAGCUGCAGGAGACGCUGCGGCACCUCCAGGUGUGGUCGCCCGAGGAGCAGCGCCACAUCUCACUGCAGGACAUCUGCUUCGCGCCCCUCAACCCUCACAAUGCCAGCCUCUCCGACUGCUGCAUCAACAGCCUCCUGCAGUAUUUCCAGAGCAACCGCACGCACCUGCUGCUCACGGCCAACCAGACGCUGACGGGCCAGACUUCCCAGGUGGACUGGAGGGACCACUUUCUCUACUGUGCUAACGCCCCACUCACCUUCAAGGAUGGCACAGCCCUAGCCCUGAGCUGCAUGGCUGACUAUGGGGGCCCUGUCUUCCCCUUCCUUGCCGUGGGUGGCUACAAAGGGAAGGACUACUCUGAGGCGGAGGCCUUGAUUAUGACCUUCUCCCUCAACAACUAUGCCCCUGGGGACCCCCGGCUGGCCCAGGCUAAGCUCUGGGAGGCAGCCUUCUUGGAGGAGAUGAAAGCCUUCCAGCGGCGGACAGCUGGCACUUUCCAGGUCACGUUCAUGGCUGAGCGCUCCCUGGAGGAUGAGAUUAACCGCACAACGGCGGAGGACCUGCCCGUCUUCGGAGUCAGCUACAUCAUCAUCUUCUUGUACAUCACCCUGGCGCUGGGCAGCUACUCCAGCUGGCGCCGGGUGCCGGUGGACUCCAAGGUCACGCUGGGCCUGGGCGGGGUGGCGGUGGUGCUGGGAGCAGUGACAGCGGCCAUGGGCUUCUUCUCCUACCUCGGCGUGCCGUCCUCCCUGGUGAUCCUUCAGGUGGUGCCUUUCCUGGUGCUGGCCGUGGGCGCUGACAACAUCUUCAUCUUUGUUCUGGAGUACCAGAGGCUGCCCCGGAGGCCGGGAGAGCGGCGGGAGGCCCACAUCGGCCGAGCGCUGGGCAGUGUGGCCCCUAGCAUGUUGCUCUGCAGCCUGUCCGAGGCCAUCUGCUUCUUUCUAGGGGCCCUGACCCCUAUGCCCGCUGUGAAGACCUUUGCCCUGACCUCGGGCUUUGCCAUCGUCCUGGACUUCCUGCUGCAGGUGUCAGCCUUCGUGGCUCUGCUUUCUCUGGACAGCAGGAGGCAGGAGGCCUCCCGCUUGGACGUCUGCUGCUGCGUGAGCGCCCCAAAGCUGCCGGCACCCGGUCAGAGCGAGGGACUCCUGCUCCGAGUCUUCCGCAAGUUCUACGUCCCAGUCCUGCUGCACCGGGUGACACGGGCGGUGGUGCUGCUGCUGUUCACCGGCCUCUUCGGGGUGGGGCUCUACUUCAUGUGCCACAUCCGCGUGGGAUUGGAUCAGGAGCUGGCCCUGCCCAAGGACUCAUACCUGCUGGACUAUUUCUUCUUCCUGAACCGCUACUUUGAGGUGGGGGCUCCCGUCUACUUUGUCACCACGGGAGGCUACAACUUCUCCAGCGAGGCGGGCAUGAAUGCUGUGUGCUCCAGUGCCGGGUGCGACAGUUACUCCUUAACCCAGAAGAUCCAGUAUGCCACCGAGUUCCCCGAGGAGUCUUACCUGGCUAUCCCUGCCUCCUCCUGGGUGGAUGACUUCAUCGACUGGCUGACCCCGUCCUCCUGCUGCCGCCUUUAUGCCUUUGGUGCUAAUAAGGACAAAUUCUGCCCUUCGACUGUCAACUCCCUAGCCUGCUUGAAGAACUGCGUGAACUUCACACUGGGCCCUGUCCGGCCAUCCGUGGACCAGUUCCACAAGUACCUUCCCUGGUUCCUGAGUGACCCGCCCAACAUCAAGUGUCCCAAAGGUGGGCUGGCAGCGUACAACACCUCCGUGCAUUUGGGAUCUGAUGGCCAGGUUUUAGCCUCCCGGUUCAUGGCCUACCACAAGCCGCUGCGGAACUCGGAGGAUUACACUGAGGCCCUGCGGGUGUCACGGGCGCUGGCGGCCAACAUCACGGCCCAGCUGCGGCAGGUGCCGGGCACCGACCCGGCCUUCGAGGUCUUCCCCUACACGAUCACCAACGUGUUCUACGAGCAGUACCUGAGUGUGGUCCCCGAGGGCCUCUUCAUGCUCGCCAUCUGCCUGCUGCCCACCUUCGUAGUCUGCUGCCUGCUGCUGGGCAUGGACCUACGCUCCGGCCUCCUCAACCUGUUCUCCAUCAUCAUGAUCCUCGUGGACACCGUGGGCUUCAUGGCCCUGUGGGGCAUCAGCUACAAUGCCGUGUCGCUCAUUAACCUGGUCACGGCGGUGGGCAUCUCCGUGGAGUUCGUGUCCCACAUCACCCGCUCCUUUGCAGUCAGCACCCGGCCCACCCGGCUGGAGAGGGCCAAGGAGGCCACCAUCUCCAUGGGCAGCGCAGUGUUUGCUGGCGUGGCCAUGACCAACCUACCGGGCAUCCUCGUCCUGGGCCUGGCCAAGGCGCAGCUCAUCCAGAUCUUCUUCUUCCGCCUCAACCUCCUCAUCACCGUGCUGGGUCUGCUGCAUGGCCUGGUCUUCCUGCCAGUGGUCCUCAGCUACCUCGGGCCUGAUAUUAAUGCAGCUCUCGUGCUGGACCAGAAGAAGACAGAAGAGGCCGUCGGGGCCCCUGCCCACCUGGUCCCAACAUCCAUGGCCAGCAGCACCUAUGUCAACUACGGCUUCCAACAUUCCGCCAACGGUGUAGUGGGCGACAGUUCUCUGCCCCGCAGUGGACCAGACUUCUGAUGAAGCUGGAGCCCCUGUGCUGGCUCCCCAGCCCUGGGCCCGGGGACCACUCAGGCUCCCUUGUGGGGGCCCCUCGACCCGUCCUCCCACUCAGGGUAUGGGAGAGGCUGUCCCCGUGGGAGUGCUUGUGCUGGGACAUUCUGCAGCCACCAGGGUGCAUCCAUGAGGACACGACUAUGCUGAAGGUGGCACAUGGCAGUGUGAAUGUGAUCUGUUCCUGACCUGUCUCUUGGAGUUGGCAUGUCUUCCUCGUGCAAGUUUUUAAACCUAAAUUCCCUGUAUCUAUAUGUAAACAAUAUAUAGUAGUAUUUCACAUUUUGAAAAGUUUCAUAAAUGGUAUCACUUGAUGAAUGCCAUACACGUUAGAUUCAUUCACCUGGGUCCCUGUAGACCUCGCCCAGUCGCCGCGAUGGCCCCACUGUAUCCCACUGCGUGAGUGGACACAGCAUUUCUGUCCUUUCCCCUGCUGGUGGGCACAUUGUUCCCAACUACUUUUCUACUGUAGCUCCAUAAUCACUUAUGUGGAAUUCCCAAAUCUCUGAAAAUCUAGUUUGUCUUCUUUUUCUUUUGUACGUUUGGGAAAAACUCAUUUGGUGCCAAAAACUGGCCAGACAAGAUACGUCUAUUUAUACUCUUUAUGAAUGGGGUACGUAGACCCCACGCUCUGCUUAAUGUAAGUGGUCAGAUAUACUGGCACAUGGGUGAGUCUGAUUAUCGCUUAUGUGUGGCUACAAGCCCUGAUGAAGCAUAUUAUCUAAGGCAGGGUAAACAUUACUUUUCUAAAAACCUGUAGGAUUUCAGCUAUAGAGCAUGAACCUCUAUGAGGCCGAGCAUGUGUUUGCAUAUCUCCUGGUGUAUGUGUGGGAGGGUUACCUGGAGGCAGUGUGGCUGAGGUCCUGUCUGGAUACAGACAAAGCCUCCCCACAAAGCUGCUGCCCUAUUCACGCUCCCACCACUACUCCUCCCUGGACGGACAACACGGUACAUCCCACCUGCUCUUUGGGGGAAAGGGUAGGAUUACGGAUGAUUAUCAUUUUUAAGAUACAUUUAUAAAAAGAAAACUCUAACAUUUUAGAAUAGUUUUAGAUUAACAUAAAAAUUGCAAAGAUAAUACCGGGAGUUCUCAUAUACCUCACACCCAGUUUACCCAAUUAACAUAUUAUGUUUGUAUAGCACAUUCAUCAUCGCACAAUUACUAAACCAGUAUCAUAAUUACAACUAAAGUCCAUGCUUUAUUUAGAUUUCCUUAGAGUUUACCUGGUGUCCCCUUUUCUGCCCCAGAUCCCAUCCAGGAAAGCAUGUGACAUUAGUUGUUAUGUCUAUGUAGGCUCUUGGCUGUGAGAGUUUGUCAGACUUUCCUUGUUUACCAUGGCCGUGACGAUUUCCAGGAGACUGGUCGGGCAGUAGUAGUUUUGUAGAAUAUCCCUCAAAUGGUAUUGUCUGGUGUUUGUCUCCAGUUAGGAGACUGAGGCUGUGGGUUUCUGGCCGAGAGAUGGCAAAGGUGAGGCCCCUUCUCAGCAGAUCACAUAAAGGGUGCAGGCUAUCACCGUGACUUCCCACUGCUGGCACCGACUCCUGUUGCCCUGCGAGGUCGUGUCUGUCCCGGGCCCUUCCCCUUCCCGUGCUGUCCAUGCUGUGCUGUUUGGAGGGAAGCCACGAUGCGCACCCUCUACUAGGGCAGUGGGGAGUUAUGUUCCACUUCCUGAAGGGUGGAGUUUUUACAUAAAUUUUUUAAGGCUUUAUUUAUUCAUGAAAGACAGAGAGAGAGAAAGAGAGAGAGAGGCGCAGAGACACAGGCAGAGGGAGAAGCAGACUCCAUGCAAGGAGCCCGAUGCGGGACUCGAUCCUGGGACUCCAGGAUCACACCCUGGGCCAAAGGCAGGCACUAAACUGCUGAGCCACCCAGCGAUCCCCUGGAACUUACAUAAGUUAUUCAGAAUUCCUCCAAAUAGGACAGGUGUCUAUUUUCCUCCAUGUAUUUAUUUACUCAGUCUGCUGUGUGGACUCAUGGCUAUCCUUUUUGUAGUUUGGGUUCUGAUGUGAAACUACUUCAUUUUGUUGGUCAGAUUGUUCUCUCUUGGGCCAUUAGGAGCUCUUUCUCUUGGAUCUUCUGUCCCUUUGCCAUACUCCCGUCAUGGAGGGGUUUUCCUGUUUUCCCUGCUCCCUGCUCUACAAGUUGGUCCAGGCUCAACUUGUAUAUUUUCUGCCCCCUUUCUAGAAUCAGCCAUUUCUCCAAAGAGUCCUGGUGCUUCAAGUGGAGAUGGGAUUCGAACCCAGGACCCACAUGCACUUUGCUGCUGAGACGUGGUUGCUCUAGAAAAUAUGCGUGUAUAAACUAACACACGUGUGUGCACAGUUCUAUGAAUAUUCCUGCAUGUAGCCAUCUGUAGCUAGAUUAAGCUAAGCUUAGGUUCAUGCUGAUGCCUCCAGCUCUAAUUCAUCAGCACAUGGAUCAUUCUAGACUCCUCUCUGGCUUCUCUGUAACUUCCCAUGCCGGGAGUGAGAAGCCUUACUCCAGCACCCACACAAUUGCUUAAUUACUUACACUCUAGGUGUGUAGUAUUUUCAGAGAUGAUAGCCCCCCCCUCCCCGGGAAACAUGUUUAGGAUGAAGCGAAACAUGUUUAGGAUGAAGCGUCUCUUUUUAGCAACUUUUUCCUUUAGUCUCAGACUCCAUUCAUUUCCAGAGUUACUUAGCUCAGCAUCUUUUUUCUACCAUCUACAGUUAGGUUGCUUCGUACAUUUGUAAUAUGGUUUGUUUGGCCAUAUUCUGCAUUCCAGUCUGAUGUUAGGAAAUCACGCAUGUAAAAGAUCCACUCAAAGUGCAUUACAGACUGAGAGAUAUCAAUGUGACGAUUAGGAAACAUUUAUUUAUGUUUCAGAUUCCAUAUUACAGCUGUUAACUACCACACGUUCAAUUUUGGCCUCAAAAAAUGAUGCUUGGGGAUCCCUGGGUGGCGCAGCGGUUUCGCGCCUGACUUUGGCCCAGGGCACGAUCCUGGAGAUCCGGGAUCGAAUCCCACGUCGGGCUCCUGGUGCGUGGAGCCUGCUUCUCCCUCUGCCUGUGUCUCUGCCUCUCUCUCUCUCUCUCUCUCUGUGACUAUCAUAAAUUUAAAAAAAAAAAUGAUGCUUGUAGGGCAGCCCUGGUGGCGCAGCAGUUUAGCGCCGCCUUCGGCCCAGGGUGUGAUCCUGGAGACCCGGGAUCGAGUCCCAUGUCAGGCUCCCUGCAUGGAGCCUGCUUCUCCCUCUGCCUGUGUCUCUGCCUCUCUCUCUGUGUCUCUCGUGAAUAAACAAAUAAAAUCUUAAAAAAAAAUGCUUGUAUUUGAAAAGACAAAACACUCCUCUCAUUUCCAACUCCAAUCUGCAUAAGACUGGGUUUCUUCAUAUGUUUCGAUCAAAACGUAUUGCAAUGCAGUGAAAGCCAAAGGUGGGAGACUUGCUGUUUUCUAUUAAGCCCAACACUAAAGACAUUUGCGAAAAAUGUAAAGCUAUGCUACUCUUCUGGGUAAACUUCAUUGCUUUGAAGAACAUUAUUUCUUCAUAAAAAUGUUAAUGCGUAAUGUGCUUGUGUAUUUUUUUAAAAAAAUGAAUAAAAAAAAUGAAUAAAAAAUUUUAAAUUCUGAGUUUUAACAUCCGAUAUGCUAACUCUAAGAAGGGCGCACCUAAAGGGCCUUUGGAGUCUUCAGUGAGCGUCAGGAAGGUGUGACGUCACUGCCCUAGGGCAAUUCAUCCGGGUCUAACUCCAUCUAAGGUUAAUUGGAGCCCAUGGACGGCGACGAUGUACGCUCCUUUGCAGAUCCUAGUUGCGGAGAGCAGCCAGCUGCGUACCCAACCUAGCAACCUCACUGUGGUUUCAAGGUCCUAGGCACCCAGCUCCUCCAGGGCUCUCAGAACCAGGGCAUUGCCGCUGACGUCACUCACUCUGCUGCCCGAGGGCAGCUCCGGCCGGGCCCGUCGUGCCCCCGAGCCAGCGUAGUGUCUGCAGCCUCCGGCAAGUUGCACUGGGCGGCCGAGGGCGUCACGU